AUGGAUUCAACCACCCUUCUGGCCCAACUGAGUCCCAGCACCUCGCUUUCUGACUCAGACUCUGCCACAGUGUUGACUCAGUCGCUCAAUCUCUUCACCAGAUCGGUCAGGCCCGCCGAUUUGGACACACAUGCCUCUAAGAUGGCCGAGUCAUUCAACGAAGCCUUGGUGGAUGGUUCCGUGCUCACCAUGCUUCCAAACUAUAUCAUAGAUCCCACCGGCUCCGAGCAAGGAGACUUUUUGGUGAUCGACUUGGGCGGAUCGACGCUUAGAGUGGCGGUGAUCUCCAUCAGUGCACCACAGGAAGGUAAAAGUCGUCAGGACAGGAUUCUGUUGGUCACCUCGAGAAAAUGGCAAGUGGAGAACUCCAACAAACAUGUGGAUGAGCAGUUUUUCGCCUGGAUAGGUGCCAAUAUCAAGGAGACCCUCGAUUCGCAGUCAGUGCUUCUGCUAGACUCGGUAAUUAACACAGGAGUCACCUGGUCAUUUCCAUGUGAAUCCACCUCCUACAACUCUGCCAACGUUCUCUACAUGGGCAAGGGCUACGAGGUGGAUGAAGCGGUAUUUGGCCGCAACUUGAAACACUUGCUUGAGACCAGUGUAUUGCAGCAUCAUGGAAUCCGAAUCAAUGUGGAAUCUAUCAUCAAUGAUUCCCUCGCUGUGUAUGCUGCGGGCUGUUUCAUCGAUUCCAAGACCAAGUUGGCCCUCGUAUUGGGUACGGGCCUCAAUGUAUGCUGUCUGUUGGCAACACUGUCACGGAUCCAUGACCUGAAGCACUUAGCAGCCGAGGAAAGGUGUCUAUUCAACUCAGAAACAUCGUUAUUUGGCCGUGAGUUGAUUUUGCCAUUUGCCAAUAAGUAUGACUCCAUUAUCGACCCACGGUUUCUGUCGGUGCCCGAAUUCGCUCCCCACAUGACGUUAGAUCCUAUCUCGAACGACAUCUUCCAACCCUCAGAGCUCUUGGCCUCUGGUAGGUACUUGCCUGAGUUGGUGCGGUUGGUGUUAUUAGAGAUGAUGCAAAAGAAUGAGAUCUUUGCCUCACAGAAAAAGGUGGCUCUCCUCCUUAAGGAGUACGAGGGCGUCACGGGUGAAUUGGUGUGUUUUAUCAACGAGUGUGACGACUAUGACCAAGUGGCUGCGAAAAUCGAGACAUUCUACGGAUGGACUGCGGGUCUGGUGCUCGUAAGCGAUGUGGUGUCGUUGAAGCUUUUGGUGGAGGCUGUGAUUCGCCGGGCUGCGUUUAUUGUGGCCAUCUCCAUCGUUGCAUACAUCAAGUUGUUGGCCCUUCACAACGGUGAGUUGCGUGAUGAGGUGAUUACCAUUGGAUACGUUGGCUCUGUUAUGGCAUACUUCAAUCGCAUGCGUGAAAUGAUCAAAGACUACGUGAAUGAGUGCUCGUUCACUCAGGAUUUGGGGAUUCAUGUGGAUCUUCAGGAGGUACACGAGAGUUCUGUUGUUGGAGCAGCCAUUGGAGCUGCCUGCCAUACAAAAUAA